UUAAUACUAACCCAGUUCUUUCUCUCUUUAAUUGCCAGUUAAUCAAGCUAGCUAGCAAGGCGAGCUUCAAAUAGUGCAGUUGGAGGAAACUAGGACCCUCCCUCACUUUGCAUCAUUGUGCCCCACAACCACUCUCCUUCCAGCACAUGAUGAUGCUUUUUCUGUUGUUCUUGUCUCUUGCGUCUCACGCCUCCUCAUCAAAAGAGCAACACGUCAAAAGCAUUUUCAUCCUGGCCGGACAGAGCAACAUGGCCGGCCGCGGAGGCGUUGUUAACGACACUCUCACCGGAAUCACCACCUGGGACGGCGUCGUUCCUCCAGAGUGCCUCCCCAACAAAUCCAUCUUCCGACUCAGCGCAAACCUCACGUGGGUUGAAGCCCGCGAGCCUCUCCACGCUGAUAUCGACGUGGAGAAGACGAAUGGGAUCGGACCCGGGAUGCCAUUCGCCAGUGCGAUCCUUGCCAAUCGUGCUAGCAGUAUUGGCGCGAUUGGUUUAGUCCCGUGCGCAAUCGGCGGGACUAACCUAAGCCAAUGGGAACGAGGGUCUUUCCUAUACAGACAGAUGAUUGGGAGAGCCAAGGCGGCUUUGUUAAAGGUGAAUGAUAAUGGCGCCUCAAUGAGGGGACUACUCUGGUAUCAAGGUGAGAGCGAUACGACUAGUAUAGAAGACGCCCGAUCUUACAAAGCCAGAUUGGAAACCUUCUUUGGAGACCUCCGGUUGGAUCUGCAAUUUCCUAUGCUUCCAAUAAUCCAGAGCUGGACCUCCUACUUGUCUUCUUCCUUCGGCCAACUAAACCUAUGGUCAUCAAAUCAUGACUGACCAUAUCACGACUUCUUUCUCCAUCACCAACGUCAAUUCGAGUUCGGAGGGUGGAGACAUGGUGCGUUCCUUUUGUCGGAUAUCAAGAUUCUGGGAGGCCUAAGUGGGUAUAUGUGUCUUGUCAAUUUGCUCCAAUUGACCAUGAACAGGUUCGUGCACUUACAGUUCGCCCCCUGUUGGAUUUGUAUUCCGACGAACCCGAAUGAGAACAAUGCAGGUUUAUACUUUGAAAACCGCACUUCAAUUAAGAACGCUGACCCAUCUGCAUCUUGCACGAUGUAGUUUACGUAAAUUGGAUUACUUCAUGUGGUAGCCGGUAGAAUUCUCAUCUUGAAUCUCGUGGUAUUGGUG